CUUGGCAUAAACAAAAGUGUCCUACGAUCUUAUCCCACAUUAGUUCUGCCGAAAAUGGCUGCAUAUCAUCUCGAAGCUCUUCGUAGACAGCGCGUAAUUGACCGUAAACAUGGUGCAUUGGCUAGGAUUGCCAUGGGAAAGGUAAGGGAAGAGGAAGAAGAACGCAAACUUCAAGAACAAUUCGAACAACGCGAGAGAACUAAACUGAUAGAGGAGGAGGACAGACGCAAAGAGCGCGAGGAACACUUGCGACAAAGAGGAGGUAGUAGACCAAAGUUUUAUUCGAGAACAGAUAAACAAACUCAAGUCCGCUUUCCGACGCAAAAAGAUCUUCGUCAUCAGCAAAAAGUACUUCGCGACCACGGACUUGUUAUGGGUCACGUGAAUGAUAAAUUUCUUUCGUAAUUUUUUUUACCUUGUUCAUAAUUGAUUUAUAUGCAACAUCAAAUAAUUGUUUUUGUUCGUUUAUCUAAUAGUAUGAAAUGUUACAAGGUGAAAAUAAUUGUUAAAAAAAAUUUAAUAGAAUUUUUACAAAAGGUAAA